CAGGCUCGGCCCCAAGUGGGGCCUCGCGGUUUACUACUGCAAGGAGGAGGAGAAGGAGGCCUUGAGCGAAGCGCUGGGCAGGCCCGAGAACGUGGUGUGGGCCCCGAUCUACCUCCGCCGCUCGGACACCGCCGAACCAGAGAGGAUCCCCGAGCUCGGUCGCAUCCAGUUCUCCUACUACCUGCUGAGCAUGGACUUCUGGAAGAUGAUCCCGGAGAAAAUGGAGCACGUCCUCAUCUUUGGCGACGACAGCAUCGUUCUCAAGGGCAACGGCUGCAUCGACAAGUUCAUCGGCUACGACUAUGUGGGCGCCCCCUGGCACCCGGACCAGAAGAACAUGCCCCAGUACGGCGGCAACGGCGGAUUCAGGCUCGUGCGCCGGUCGAGCAGCGUGGCCUCGAUCACCGGCGCGACGCCGCUCAUCAGCAAGAUGAGGGGCGUGGCGCCCGGCCGCCAGCGCGUCCACGAGGAUGAGGCGUUCGUGAAGCUCCUCCACGACAUGAACGGCUCCUUCCCGGACCGCGAGGCCGCCGCGAGCUUCGCCGUCGAGACGGUGAUGCACCCGGGCCCGUGCGCGAUCCACAAGCCGUGGCUGUACCAGAACGCGACAAACAUGCACCUCCUGCUGAACUCGGCGGACCUGGACUGAGUUGCAACGGGAAGUUGCGGCUGGCCGGCGAGGGCGCUUUGUUUCUGAGGACGGGCAAUGUCUUGUACAGGCUGGCCGAUUAUACAUUAUAACACAGUUGAUCACGGUGUGCUGGUCGUUCCAGCCUACCACUAUCGGUUCGUGUUGCAGUCUUAGUGCUCGUGAGGCGGCCCUGCCGGCAGUCCCUCAUCGGCGGCGUUGGAGUCCAAGGCAACGAUGGAUUGACUCAGUGAUUGCUAUUCUAUGUGCCUUCUGUUUCUCGGCGUUAUUCCAAAGGAAUUGUCGCCGUGCGUGUUCAUUCCCGUGUUCUGCUCCAGGACCGGCCCUGGGUCGAUCGAGCGUUGCGUUGCUUACUGCUCGAGGGCAGCCACGCCUAUUGUUCCAGCAACCUCCCGCGCAAAGAAAAGCGCAGAGGUCGGGGUCGCUCCCCACACCGCGCA